AUGCCACCGUUUCUGAAUGGAAAUGGCCUUACCAAUGGCCACGGAGGCAAUGAUGAAGAUCCCAUUGCCAUCGUUGGUAUGGCAUGUAGAUUCCCCCAAGAUGCAGACAAUGCAGAGAAAUUCUGGGACUUUUUGAUCAAUGGCCGGUCAGCCAUGACGACGUUUCCUAAAGAAAAGUUCGAGUUUGAAGGACACUAUCAUCCUGACCCUGGUCAUGCGAGUACUAUGAAUGCCAAGGGUGGUCACUUCUUGAAGGAAAAGUCUGCCACGUUCGACGCUCCGUUUUUCAGUAUAACCAAGAAUGAAGCCAUAUCAAUGGACCCUCAGCAACGGCUUGUAAUGGAGAAUGUCUACCACGCGAUUGAGAAUGCCGGGAUACCCAUGGAGAAAAUGCUGUCCUCCAAAACUUCUGUUUUCCUUGGCGCUUUCACAAACGAUUACCUGGGAAUCGUCAAUUCGGACCCAGAUGCGCUCCUCAAAUACAAGCCGAUUGGGACAGCAAACUCCAUUUUGGCCAAUCGUGUCAGUUGGUUCUUUGAUCUGAAAGGGUCGAGCCUUAUGCUUGAUACAGCAUGCUCUAGCAGCUUGGUAGCUUUACACUUAGCGUGUCAGAAUCUGAAGAAUAAAGAAUCGGAAAUGGCAAUUGUCAGUGGCGUGAACGUCAUUGAAAGUCCUGAAACAAUGUACGGCAUGAGCAAAAUUGGUUUCUUAUCUCCCGAUGGCAUCUGUUAUAGUUUUGACCACCGCGCAAAUGGCUAUUCGCGAGGCGAGGGAGUUGGAACUAUCCUUAUAAAACGUUUGAGUGCGGCGAUUCGGGAUGGUGAUACGGUCCGUGCUGUUAUUCGGGCGACUGGUAGCAACCACGAUGGACGGACCCCAGGAAUCACGCUGCCGAGCAAGACCGCACAAGAAGCCCUUAUUCGCGACACUUAUGCAUCAGUCGGGCUGAACACCAAGUCUACAAAUUACAUUGAGGCACAUGGAACAGGAACAGCUGCGGGCGACCCAAUUGAGGCGGGAGCUAUAGCAGCUGCUUUCAGUGACAGACCCUCGCAGGACCCAUUACUGAUUGGUGCACUUAAAUCCAAUGUAGGACAUCUGGAGGCCGCGUCUGGGGUCGCAGGUUUGAUCAAGACAGUCAUGAUCCUCGAACGAGGCUUGGUACCACCAAACAUCAAUUUCGAAAAGGUCAACCCCAAGAUCCCCAUGAAGCGAUGGAACAUUGAUUUCCCGCUCAAGCCAACCCCAUGGACUGCCUCUGGGGUUCGAAGAGCAUCGGUCAAUUCAUUUGGCUUUGGCGGUGCAAAUGCACACGUGGUUUUGGAUGAUGCCUACAGCUAUCUUCAAGAGCAAGGGCUAAGGGGCAUCCAUCUCACAAAGUCGAUAUCCUCUAUAACAGCAAACGGUAACAAUGGAGCGCCUCAUUUGGAGAAGUCAACGAGCAAGAUUUUUGCCUGGUCUGCCUUUGACGAGGCCGGAAUCAAGCGUCAAGUUGACAGCUAUCAUUCUUUUCUCUCGACAGUCAAGUCCGACGAUGAACCAGGCUUCCUAGAUGACCUGGCAUACACCUUGUCUGACCGACGCACAUUGUUUCCAUGGCGCUCUUUUGCCGUAGCAGAAUCUUUGGUAGAACUGGUCGAAAAGCUUGCACAGGAUCACGGUGUCUCCAAGCCUAUUCGCUCAAAGGCUCCCCCAAAGCUUGGUUUCAUUUUCACUGGCCAGGGCGCUCAAUGGUAUGCUAUGGGACGGGAGCUACUGGUCUAUCCUGCUUUUAGCAAAAGCUUCGAGGAUGCAGCAGCAUAUAUCAAGUCAAUUGGCAGUGACUGGAACAUAGUGGAUGAGCUUUUGAGAGAUCGUGAGUCGUCAAACAUUGGUCAUCCCGUCCUUAGCCAAACCCUGUGCACUGUGCUACAGGUAGCUUUGGUCGAUCUACUUGCUUCUUGGAGUAUCUCACCCACGCGAGUUGUCGGGCACUCAUCCGGUGAGAUUGCUGCAGCUUAUGCUGCUGGCGCUUUUGGCCGCGAAGCUGCUUGGAAGAUAGCAUAUUAUCGCGGUCUCGUCUCGGCUAGCCUGAUGGACCAGAAAGGAGCAAUGAUAGCGGUUGGCCUCUCAACUGCCGACGCUCAGUCGUACCUGAACAAGGUGCAUGAUAAACUCAGUGGAGAGCUGACGAUCGCUUGCUUCAACAGCCCGAAGAGCUUAACAAUCUCCGGUGACGAGGCAAAAGUGGACGCGCUGAAAUCUCUCCUAGAUGAGAACCGCGUCUUUGCCAGAAAGCUUAAUGUCAAGAAUGCUUAUCACUCCAGCCAUAUGCGAGCCGUUGCUGAUGAGUAUCUCAACCUUAUGGGAGAUUUGGGUGCACCUAGGGCAAGCCAAGGAACUAAAUCGCAGAGCCAAGAUACUUCCAUGUUCUCUUCGGUCACUGGAGAGCUUGUAACUAUCGACGCCUUGAACAAACCCCAAUAUUGGGUGGAUAAUAUGGUGUCUCCCGUUAAGUUCACGCAGGCGCUAACAUCCCUUUGCUCCACCGCGCCGACUAAAACGAGGGCGCGAAUGGGCAUAAGCAGUGGAAGUCCGGUGCAGCAUCUUAUAGAAGUUGGGCCACAUCCUGCACUCCAGAGCGCAACAAAGGAUACCCUCUCAGUGGAUCCAAGCCUUGGUAGUCUCGAUUAUUCCUACCUACUCUCACGAAGCAAUACUGCUCUCACAUCUAUUUUGCAGACUGUUGGAACGCUUUUCUGCCAAGGUUAUCCUGUGGAUCUACACGCUGUCAAUCAUAAAUCCCUCACCGCCGAGGAAGUUGACAGUAUACCUUCAAGAUUACUUGUCAACCUUCCGCCUUAUAGCUUUAAUCAUUCACAAGAUUAUUGGCCGGAGAGUCGGUUGAGCAAACGCUUCCGUCAGCGGAAAUACCCUCGACAUGAUAUUUUGGGUGCUCCCGUGUCCGACUGGAAUCCGGAAGAACCAAGGUGGCGACAGAUAAUUAGGAUCUCGGAGAACCCCUGGUUGAAGGAUCAUAGAGUCACCGGCAGUAUUGUUUUUCCUGGUGUCGGAUACCUUGUGAUGGCCAUUGAAGCUUCAAAGCAGAUUGCCGACCCUGAGCAACGCAUCGCCGGGUAUCGACUUCGCGAUGUGUCAAUCAAGGCUGCUCUUGUCAUACCAGAUGUCGAUGAAGGUGUUGACACCGUCCUCUCAAUGCAUCGAGUGACCGAAACAGCUCGCGCAAGCUCAGCGGCAUGGUGGGAAUUUAGAAUCUCUUCAUAUGGAGCAAGCAACGACAGCUGGCUGGAGCACUGCCGCGGCGUUGUCGGCAUCGAGUAUGAGUCGACUCCGGGCCCUCUUAAUAGCGGCCUGGAGGUGGCAUCACACGCUCAGGAAUUUGAAGAAAUGCUAGAUCGGGUCUACAGCAUAUGUGAAUCUCGUCUUGAUUCUUCUCAUCUUUACUCGGACUUGGAGACUAUUGGUAUUUCAUUCGGACCGACUUUCCGAAAUCUCGAAUCUGUCAAGCACGGAAAGGGCAAUGGCGACUCCACUGGUACUGUGACUGUACCGAACUUGAAGGCGGCGAUGCCAAAGGGCCAUAUCCAUCCCCAUGUAAUUCAUCCCGCUGUUAUGGACAGUAUGCUGCAUCUUUUCCUUGCCGCGGUUUUAGAUUCGAAUGGUGGAAAAAAGAUUCUCGAACCACUUGUUCCUGUCUUUAUCAAAGAUGUCUGGGUAGAUGGGAACAUCAGCAGUGAACCUGGGCAUAUUUACCGAUGCCAUGGUUGGGCAGGAAAGAUUUCUGCGACCCAGUACAACUCGGAGAUAACGGUAUGGGAGGGUGACACGAAAGCCCCGAGAAUGACUGUACGAGGAAUGCAGGUGGUUCCUCUGCAGUCAACGACAACAAAUUCUGCCACGGAGAGACAACUUUGUUACAAUAUCGACUGGAGGCCAGAUGUUGAUCUCAUGUCAAAGGAGCGUGGAGAAGCCUAUUUUGGAAAGACCCUUUCGGAGCUGGCCCUUCAAGAUUCCCUGAUUCUUCAGCUUUCUCAAGACUUGCAACUAGCAAACAUAGUCUACAUCCUCGAUGCUACCAAAGAGCUUGAAGGCAUAGAUGAAACAACGCUAGGCCCCCAUCACAAGAAAUAUCUGGCUUGGCUCCGACUUCAGUCGGAUAACUACGCCAAGGGUCUAAUAUUUCAUCAGCGGCCCGAAUGGGAUUUGGUCGUUAAUGACGAGGAACUUAAAGAAAAGUUCCUCAAAAAGGUGGAAAAGUCUGGCGCCGAUGGGCAACUGGCCUACAGAAUGGGGCCGCAAAUUGCGCCCAUACUUCGUCAUGAAGCAGACGCUUUGCAGCUCAUGUUUGGAGAUGACCUCCUUGAUAUCUAUUAUCGUGAACUCAUUGGCACCAAGAGUAUUCACAAGCUCCUCGCAGCUUAUGCUGACAACAUUGGACACAAACGUGUGGACCUGGCUGUGCUCGAAAUCGGCGCCGGCACAGGUGGCUCGACACUUCCAAUCCUCGAGACGCUUUGCCCUAGGAGUGCAGAUAGCUCGGCGUCAGGGUCGUCGAAGCUAGCCAGUUAUACAUACACUGAUAUAUCCGCUGGCUUUUUUGAAAAGGCCAAGGCAAAAUUCAAGCCCUGGACGAAUCUCAUGCAUUUCAAGACUUUGAACAUUGAAAAGGAUCCGGCCAAACAAGGAUUUGAAGCCGGCUCGUUUGACAUUAUUCUCGCAGCAAAUGUCCUCCACGCCACACAAGAUCUUCGUCAUACGCUUAGAAACGCCCGGUAUCUGUUGAAGCCAGGUGGGAAACUCCUGUUGCAUGAGGGAACGCAACGACACGUGCUCUCCCUGCCAAUGUCAUUUGGUCUCUUGCCCGGAUGGUGGCUCAGCGCUGAGGAGAAUCGAAAGUGGGGCCCGUUGAUGAGCGAAGUCGAAUGGAGCGACUUCCUCGCCGAUACUGGCUUCAGUGGAAUGGAUCUGGCACUGAAAGAUAAUGUCGAUGACCGAAUCCAUUCACAGAGCUUAAUGGUAUCAACUGCCGUUGAUCCUGACCGAGCUAGAGUUGCUCCUCUCGAAGUCAUAAUAAUUGCUAGCGAAAAGCAGAGAGCUGGGCAAGUUGUGCCACUUUUGGCGUCAUCACUUGCCGGGCUCGGACUGCGUGAGAUCCAGAUUGCAACACCUCAGGAGGUUGCAAGUAUGGAGUUAAAGCAGUCUGUCUGCAUAGCUCUGAUGGAGCUUGACAAGCCUUUCCUUACAAACAUUUCGAAGACCGAUUACGACUCCCUUCGUCACCUUCUGACGCAGUGUGCAGGCUUGCUUUGGGUCACUGCCGAUCAUACCUUGAACCCGGAGCUUUCCAUGAUAUCUGGUCUUGUACGGACAGUCCGUUGGGAAAGAGAUUUGGAUGACUCGAAUCUUGUAACACUAGCCAUUCAAGAUUCGUCACUCACCGAAAUUGACCUAUCUUCCGCUAUUAUGGACAUCUACAAGGUCCAAUUCUGGGACAAAGCGGACCAGAGACAUGGGGAAUAUAGCUACAGGGACGGUCUAGUUUAUAUUAACCGUCUCACUAACGCGCAGGAUGUCAAUGGCUUCUUAGCUUCCAAGUCUAGCGCUCCAGCACCGCAACCCCAGCCCUUUGGCGCUGAUUCGGACCGUGCAUUGAAGCUUCGAACUGAUGCCCCGGGAAUCUUGAACCGGCUGCACUUUGCAGAUGAUCCGGAUUGGCACUUACCGCUACCGGAUGACGAGAUUGAGGUGGAAGUCAAGGCCUCUGGUCUCACCUUCCGAGAUGUUGUCGUGGCUAUGGGAGAGGUGCCCAGCUCAACAUUUGGCGAAGAAGGAGCAGGAAUAGUCACCCGAGUUGGUGCAAAUAUUAGCGACAUACAACCAGGUGACCGGGUCGUGUUUGUUAGUAGCGGCAAGGGAAGCUUGCAGACAUUUGCAAGAGUCAAAUCCUAUUUGACUGCGAAAAUCCCACUGGAGAUGUCCUUUGAGGUUGCCAGUGGAAUACCUUGCAACUAUAUGACUGCCUACUACUGUUUGGUUGACGCUGCUCGGCUGCGAAAGGGCGAAUCCAUUCUCAUUCAUGCAGCUGCAGGAGGCACCGGACAAGCCGCCAUCAUGUUUGCACAAAAUGUUGGCGCCGAAAUCUUUGCUACUGUAUCGACGCAGGAGAAGAAAGACCUAUUGACUCAGACAUAUGGCAUUCCGGAAGACCAUAUCUUCUCGAGCCGAGACUUGACGUUUGCACAAGGAGUCAUGAGAUUGACAAAGGGACGCGGAGUCAAUGUCAUCCUGAAUUCCCUGGCUGGUGAAGCUCUUCGCAAGUCGUGGGACUGCAUUGCUCCAUUUGGCCGCUUCAUCGAAAUUGGUAAAAAGGAUAUUUAUGCCAAUGGGAAGCUCGACAUGUGGCCAUUCUCGAAGAGCGUCACCUUCGCAGCUUGUGACCUUGCGACUGUGGUACAACUCGAUCCCGAGACAUCUUUGCGGCUGCUCAAAGACUGCGUCCGAUUCUUCGCAGAGGGAACGUUGAAAACGUCAACACCAUAUACCGUAUUGGACUAUUCACAGAUUGAAGAUGCUUUCCGCCAGAUGCAGUCGGGUAAGAGUAUCGGAAAGAUUGUCUUGGUUCCGCAUAAGGACGAUAUAGUUCCGGUCGUUCCAAAAUCACUCUCUGCCUAUCGUUUCGGCGAAGAUGCUUCGUAUAUUCUGGCAGGAGGUCUCGGAGGUCUGGGCCGCAGCAUCGCACAAUGGAUGGUCUCUCGCGGAGCACGGAACUUGGUCUUCCUCAAUCGCACAGAGCCUCCGGACAAUGUCAAGGAGUUUCUGCAGGACAUUAAUUCUAAAGGGUGCAAAACACUCGUGUGCGUAUGCGAUGUUAGCAACAAAGACUCCCUAUUGGGCGUCAUUGAGAAAUGCAACGCCGAGAUGCCUCCGAUUAAAGGAUGCAUCCAAGGCGCGAUGCAGCUUAAGGACUCUGCAUUCGAAAAUAUGACCUACGAUGACUUUAAUGCCGCCCUCGCGCCCAAAGUUCAAGGGUCGUGGAAUCUCCACACCCUCUUGCCAAAGGACAUGGACUUUAUGAUCUUCCUAUCCUCUAUUUCUGGCAUUGCCGGCAACCGUGGCCAAGGCAAUUACGCCGCCGGUAAUACGUACCAGGACGCCCUUGCACAUUACCGCGUCUCACAGGGUCUCCCCGGCACUGCGCUUGAUCUUGGAAACAUUCUCUCCGUUGGCUUCCUCGCCGAGCACAAGAAGGUCGUGAGCUCGAAUCCCAUUUUUGCGCUGAUUCGCGACGGUAUCCGCGAGGACGAAUUCCUCUCCAUCAUUGAAUACCACGUCGAUCAGCGAAACGCCGACGAAUCCGAUCUCCGGUGCCAGGUCGCCUUUGGGCUCAACACCAGCGCCGCCUUGAAACGCAAAGGUGUGCCCGAACCGACAUUCAUGAGUAAUCCCCUCUUUGCCCAAUUACAUUCCGUCGCCGAGACCGGCGGCGACGACUCCGGGGACUACUCGUACCAGGCAAUUCAGGAACUCCUUCGCUCCGCCAACACUGUUGAUGAAGCCACGAAUGCAGUCCAAGAGAGCAUCGUCCGCCGUCUCUCAAAUACGAUGUCGAUCCCUACGGACGACGUCGAUCCGUCAAAGCCCAUUCAUCAUUAUGGCGUAGACUCCCUCGUCGCCAUGGAGUUUAGGAAUUGGUUCGCAAAGGAUAUGGCUGCCGAUGUGGCAGUCUUGGAUAUCAUGGGUUUCGGAAGCAUUAGUACCUUGAGCCGAAAGAUUGUUAGCGUUAGUAAAGUCGUGAAGCUUGCUGCUUUGGGUGAGGUCAAGUAG